AUGGAAGAUCUGAUUCGGCAGGGCCUUUACGUGACCGCAAGCGUACUCAGGUUAGAACAACAUGCACAGAAUGCUUCCAUUGAGACACGCAAAGAACUAGAUAUAGAGCCUUUUGUGCACAGUGAGUGCAUUGUUGCUCCAGAGCUUGCCAGAGACCAUGUCAAGAUCAUUGAAGGUUUGGUUUGCGAUUUGAACGAGGCUAUUGAUUGUGCACAAAAAAGGAAACUUCAGGCGGCUACAGAGCACAGUCCAGAGAUGGCCUCUUCGCCCACAACAGAUACGAUAGAGCCUCUUGAUAUUGUUGUUGACGCAGCAGCAGCAGAGCUUCGCCCGAUUUCGAAGGCCAUUACUUCAUCGCCGAAAAAGGCUGCACGAAAGGCUUUCACCCCGAAAAGCUCCUCGAUUUCUUCUGGCCCUGUGCUUUCAAAUUUUUUUUCAAUUGUUCGAAAAGAAAACGAAUCCGGUUAUCAAGGAGGCUCUAGCGAGCAUCCCAUGUUGCUGGAGAGUCAAACCCAUUCGUCUUCUAGCGGAUUUUGGUCCUACUUUCCAACGUUUUUUGUAAAGCCCAAUGUCAAGAUGGCGAAAUUUGAAAGUCUGCUCCAAAAGACAAGGAACACCGGUGCAACCAUUGAGACGACAAAUGAAAACAACAAUCGGCGAUCAUCUAAAGAAAUCGAACAGCUUUCGCUGCUUCCUAUGGUCCGCUUUAAAUUAUUCCAUUUUGCCGAAAAUAUCCGGCCUUGCUAUUUUGGAACCUUCUCUAAGCAGUCCCUUAUCAUAAGUGGCCGUCGUCCAUUUGCCAAAGACCUAUCAAAGGAGCUCGAGCUGGAUUAUUCCGUUGAGUCUGACAAUGAAUGGGAGGAUGACUGCGAUGAGCUUGAGGGCGAAAUUGAAAACAUCUCAGACACCGAUCAAAGCGACUCGGGCUCCGAAGAUGACGAGGGCGAAGGUGAAGAAGAAGAGGAAGAUUCCUCUUGGCUUGUACCUCAUGGAUAUUUAUCCGAUGACGAACUGAUGUGUGACGAAAGGGAUGAAAGGGAUGUAUUUUCGCUCGACCAAGAUAUGAAUGACCCUGUUUCGCGUAAACGUCUUCAGGACUCUUGGCGGGCCGAUGGUCAGUCGAACCCCACCUUGAACGGCGUGCCCAGGAUCUACUCUUCGCUUGGGCAAACUUCUGAGCAAGACAGCCUAUAUUUAUCCUCGUUUUCUAUGCGGCCGUUUAUGAAUUUAUUUGCAAUCGAUUCCAAAAUUUGUCCCCAAAAAGAUGGGCUUAUAAUCGAUAACCUUACAAGCACAUUUAGAAUGAUAGAGCGACAUGACGUGAUUCUUGAUCUCUCUUUGAUGUUUAAAAAGAAGAAAAAACGCGCAAUAACGCCCUUGAUUUCGGGAACUGGCGCUAUGCAGGAGCAUAAUGUGCCACACAGACGGGAAAUCCCAACUUUGCACGCUAUGCCUACGGUUGAAGAUGCGAGUGCAGAGAAAAGCUAUCCUGUUGAAAAGGAGAAUUUGCAGCCUGCAAAUGUGCAACCAAACACACAUUCAGAACGGGCCCCGAUAAAGCGAAUCGCCCCCAUCAUGAUUUCCGGGAAAUGA